CGCUCAAUGGACCGAUUUCCCCGGUUUCCCUGAACCCAGCCUAGCCCGGAAUGAGAAAUUGCAAAAUGGCCCGAGUCGCCAGUAUACUAGGGCUGGUCAUGCUCAGCGUGGCCCUGCUGAUUUUAUCGCUUAUCAGCUACGUGUCCCUGAAAAAGGAGAACAUCUUCACCACUCCCAAGUACGCCAGCCCGGGGGCGCCCCGAAUGUACAUGUUCCACGCGGGAUUCCGGUCACAGUUUGCACUGAAGUUUCUAGACCCGUCAUUUGUGCCCAUUACGAAUUCUCUCACCCAUGAACUCCAAGAGAAACCUUCUAAAUGGACAUUUAAUCGGACAGCGUUUUUACAUCAAAGGCAAGAAAUUCUUCAGCAUGUCGAUGUAAUAAAAAAUUUUUCUUUAACCAAGAAUAGUGUUCGGAUCGGACAACUGAUACAUUACGAUUAUUCCAGCCAUAAAUAUGUUUUCUCUAUUAGCAAUAACUUCCGGUCCCUGCUCCCAGAUGUGUCGCCCAUUCUGAAUAAGCGUUAUAACAUUUGUGCUGUGGUCGGAAACAGUGGAAUCUUGACAGGGAGUCAGUGUGGACAAGAAAUAGAUAAAUCGGAUUUUGUUUUUCGGUGCAAUUUUGCCCCGACAGAGGCUUUCCACAAAGAUGUUGGGAAGAAAACCAACCUCACAACUUUCAAUCCUAGCAUCUUGGAAAAAUAUUACAACAACCUUUUAACCAUCCAGGACCGUAACAACUUCUUCCUCAGUUUAAAAAAGCUCGACGGGGCCAUUCUCUGGAUCCCCGCAUUUUUCUUCCACACUUCUGCGACUGUAACCAGAACCUUAGUGGAUUUUUUCGUUGAGCACAGAGGUCAGUUAAAGGUCCAGUUGGCUUGGCCUGGAAAUAUCAUGCAACAUGUCAACAGGUACUGGAAAAACAAACACUUGUCACCCAAACGACUGAGCACAGGUAUCCUUAUGUACACCCUUGCAUCUGCAAUAUGUGAAGAGAUCCACUUGUACGGUUUCUGGCCUUUCGGAUUUGACCCCAACACCAGGGAGGAUCUGCCCUACCACUACUAUGACAAAAAAGGAACCAAAUUUACCACCAAGUGGCAGGAGUCUCACCAGCUGCCUGCUGAGUUUCAGCUGCUCUAUCGAAUGCAUGGGGAAGGGCUCACAAAGCUCACUCUGUCACACUGUGCCUAAGAACUCCAAAUGGAAAGUGCCAAUGGCUGUUUAAAAAGUGCCCCCAAACCAAAUUGAAUAGUCUCCAGAACAGAACCCAUAGACAAUCUGGCAAAGCCUGUCUGCCACUUACAAGGAAAGAUAUCUUCUCUUCCUCUUUUGCACUGCUCUUUGAAUGGUCCGAACAGACUUAGGACAGGUGCAUUGAAGCCGUGUCUUUUAGACUUGACUGGGAAAGGUUAUAUUGCAU